AAUAGAAACAUGUACACAUGUACACACAUCUGCACAUUAUAGAGAAAGAGAGAGACAGAACAGAGAGAGACUUCGCUGAAGCAGAGAGAGCCUCAGAGAACAUUCCACUGAGAAGAAAAGCCUCUAGAAGACACAGUAAGACCCCUGCCUAAGGCAUCAUGUCAGGAAAAGUCAGGCUAGCGCCAAAGGGAGUGCCCAGCGUUCUCUCACUGGGCAGACCCUACUCUGGUCAUCUCUCUAGACUGAGUCCAUUUGGUAGGCAUGGUUGACAGCACCCUGCUCCCAGCACUCUGAGGGUGCUGGUGGAACGAAGUACAAGUACCAAGCAAGCAUCUGAGAAGCUGGGGCAAAUUCCUUAUAAAAGAUAUUAACUUCCCCAACCUGCAGAGGGACUUGGGGUCUUCCUCUGCCCUGGUACAGAAGCCAGCCAGCUUCCCAAGCUAAGAGGAAGACAGACAGACACAUCUUCACUUCUGACUUGAUCUCUCUGUUCUCCAGGCAUGAAGAUAGGGCAUUCGAAGUCUUUCAAUUAAUCACAGCCAAAUCCUCCCGGUAGAGUACCCCAUCUCAUUAAAUGGCAACACUGAUUCCUCAGUCACCUGAAUGGAAGACUCAGUGUUGUCUCUGGCUCUACAGGAAGCCACUCACCCACUGGGCUCUCCAGUCCGUCUUCCCCGCAUUAAGUGCCAGCUGGGAAGUGUGAUCCAGCCCAGUUCCACGGUCUCUGCAUAUCUUCACCUCUCAGGGCCACUUGACCUCACUAGACUCUUGGGCGGCUUUCCUACUUCCCUGGAGGGCCCGAUCCAUUUCCUUUCCAGAGCUGACAAAGUCUCUUCCAGGGUACAAAUCUGCACCUCCACUGUCCGGCCCCUCCCCUUUCCCAUGCCUUAGUUCCUGGGAAAGAAACUUAGGCACCCGGACGCCCAACUUUGGCUGGUAGCUGUCCUCGGUGCAGGGGGCUGCAGGAGAGUAGGACCUCUUUGCCGGCCUUGCCAAUCCUGGGCCUUUGAGCCUCGAUCCUUGGACGGGGCACUCCCGGCAUAACCCGUACUUUGCUGGUGGAAGUGAGCAGGGACCUAGGUGAGCGAACGCUGGGCAGUCCCGGAGGGGCUGGGGGCUGCUGGCUGAGUCUUGGGGCAGAGCCGCCCGGCCCCGCCUCCUGGCGCAGCCAUUGGCCGCGGCAGAGCGGGUGGACUCCGCGCUCCUAGAGCUGGCUCUGCAGCUGCUCUCCGGAAAGGUCGGGGUUGCCAGCUCCAGGCGGUGGGGGUGAGGCGCCCCAAGGCUGCCCAGAAGAUCGGGACAAGGCGAGCAGAAGCCAGGACCCGGCGCUCUCUGGGCUGCUCCCCGUCGCGCUCCCUUCCUCGCAGCCUGGCCGGCGCGCAUUCCCACAGCCUCUGCGCGCUCAGCCCCGGAGCGCGAUGGACGCGGCACUGUUCCACAGCCUGCUGGAGGCCAACUGCAGCUUGGUGCUGGCCGAAGAGCUGCUCUUGGACGGCUGGGGACCACCCCUGGACCCCGAGGGUCCCUACUCCUACUGCAAUACGACCUUGGACCAGAUCGGGACAUGCUGGCCCCAGAGCGUGGCGGGAGCCCUCGUGGAGAGGCCGUGCCCGGAAUACUUCAAUGGCAUCAAGUACAACACGACCCGAAACGCCUACCGAGAAUGUUUAGAGAACGGGACAUGGACCUCAAAGAUCAACUACUCACAAUGUGAGCCCAUUUUGGAUGACAAGCAGAGGAAGUAUGACCUGCACUACCGCAUUGCCCUUGUGGUCAACUACCUGGGCCACUGUAUUUCCAUGGUGGCCCUGGUGGCCGCCUUCCUGCUUUUCCUGGCCUUGCGGAGCAUCCGCUGCCUGCGGAACGUGAUCCACUGGAACCUUGUCACCACCUUCAUCCUGCGAAAUGUCACGUGGUUCCUGCUGCAGCUCAUUGACCAUGAAGUGCAUGAGAGCAAUGAGGUCUGGUGUCGCUGCAUCACCACCGUCUUCAACUACUUCGUGGUCACCAACUUCUUCUGGAUGUUCGUAGAGGGCUGCUACCUGCACACAGCCAUCGUCAUGACCUACUCCACUGAGCGCCUACGCAAGUGGAUCUUCCUCUUCAUUGGAUGGUGUGUCCCCUGCCCCAUCAUCAUCGCCUGGGCCAUCGGCAAACUCUACUAUGAAGAUAAACAGUGCUGGUUCGGCAAGGAGCCUGGUGACCUGAUGGACUACAUCUACCAAGGCCCCAUCAUCUUCGUGCUCCUGAUCAAUUUUGUGUUUCUAUUCAACAUUGUCAGGAUCCUCAUGACAAAACUUCGAGCAUCCACCACAUCUGAGACAAUCCAGUACAGGUUCGUGAACCUUGGAUGCCUUAGUCCUUGCAAGAGAGCAAUGAGGGAUCAUUUGGGCCACACACCCCCCUUCACUCAGGCUCCCCGAGGAAGUACACUGGAGACCCCUCUUCCCACCCUACGGUGGGCUCUGCCUGCGGGGGGCUCAGAUCUGUCAUCACCCUCUCACCCCCCAGGAAGGCGGUCAAGGCCACCCUGGUCCUCCUGCCCCUGCUGGGCAUCACCUACAUGCUCUUCUUCGUCAACCCCGGUGAAGAUGAGCUGUCACAGAUCGUGUUCAUCUAUUUCAACUCCUUCCUGCAGUCUUUCCAGGGUUUCUUUGUGUCUGUCUUCUACUGCUUCUUCAAUGGAGAGGUGCGCUCAGCCGUCAGGAAGAGGUGGCAUCGCUGGCAGGACCAUUACUCCCUCAGAGUGCCCGUGGCCCGGGCCAUGUCCAUCCCCACGUCACCCACGAGGAUCAGCUUUCACAGCAUCAAACAGACAGCUGCCGUGUGACCCCCACUCCACCGCAGAGGCAGCCCCCCACUGCCCUCCUUCUGCUCCCUCCUUAUUGCAAGACCCCAGGGACGCAGCAGGGAGAGGAGAGACCGGCCCUCCAGCCUGGCAGGAAAGAAGUGGUGCUGGGCAGAAGGGGACUCGGGGAUACAGGGCCUGCUGCGGCCUGGCCUGUGAGUCUCUGCACAGCAAGGAGCAGAGGAGGGUGGCCAGGGGAACUCCCAAGCAGAGCAGGGCAGAUGCCUUUAUCCCUUGCCCAUCCAUGCGUCUCUAGAUGGAUCUUCACCAUAGCCCCACCAUGAAGAAGCUGAGGCCCCGGGAAAAGGCCUGUCCUAGUUAUGUGGCUCACUACCCCAAUCCCAGCACCCAUGGCCCCAGGAUAGUUUAGCUCUGCUCCCACUUUCUGCCUCCACACUCAGAGGCACCCCCUGUAGCUGGGAACUCAAGGGUUAUCCACCUGGCUGCUCUGAGAAGCCUCCCUCACACCCUACUCCUGACUGGCUAUCUCUCCCCUCUCCCCAGCCAUCCAGCUCCUGGGGCUUCAGCCAGGGUGCUGCUUCCUCCAUGGGGGUCUUGUCAGUCCAGGACUCAGAUUGGAGGCUUGGAAGGGGAAGGUCAGGGAGGAGAGGCAUCCAGCAGAGCCUCACCCUCAGGCCAACCAGAUGCACAGCACAGAACAGAUAGGGAGUAGAGGUGUGCUAGUGGGAGCGAAGAGUGGAGUAGGGACAGUGCAUUUGGUGAUGAAAACUACUCCCCAGGCCCUCACUGGCCUGGGUCUCAGCCUCUCCUCCACUAUCUGUGAAAUAAACCACACCUCCGGAAUUGGCCUCCCCACAGGUCAUGUGACCAGGAUUUGAGGGUGGUGCGGGCCCAAGAUGGGGGCUGCAUCUGCAGGACACAACCAUGUGCCCCCUCUUUAGGGAACACGGGCCCUGGCUGGGGUGGACCUUCCUCUCUAACUGUGGUAUGUUUGGAGUCAUCCCCAGAGCAUCUGCAGGUCCCUUGUUGCUCCUCAGGCUGAAACCUGUCCCCCAACCUCAACCCCAACCAAAGGCAGUGACUAAGUCAGCAUGGAGGAAGGAUGCAGCUCAGCCCUCAGAGCAGGCCUGCCCCAGACUCUGCAGGGACAGAGACCUCCCAGGCUGUUUCUGAUUUACCUUCUAUCCCAGUCCCCCUCAAGGCUGGUAGCUGGGACCCAGAAAGAAGCCACCAGGCCAUUGGUCUGAACAAGGGCUUUUGCUCUAGGGACCCCCACAAAAACAAACUUUGAAAAAUUAUGUACCCCAUCCUGCACAUUCUUAACUUGGCAUUUCAAGAUGUUUUAAAAGUACAAAGGAUGUGAUAUGUAGCAUUUGAUAAAUAUUUACAUUUUAAAAUAAAACUGCCACAAUAUUUUAUAAUAUGUCAUGUGGAAUCUAAACACUGCAGUUAUUUAAUACCCAGCCUCAUCUGUCUAAAAAGCACAUGAACCGGUCCUUUGUUAAUAAGUGAAAGCAUUACAGGUGUCCUUUCCUCUAACUUGUCUCUGCAUUCCACUGCCCCUAAAGAAUUUUAGAGUGAUACAAUAUUUUUUUGAUGGAGUCUUUUGUGGCUCACCCUAUCAUACUUCUCUGCCACAAAAUGUAUUUGUGGGCUGAAAUUAAAAUGUUUAAUUUUCUAAGAGGAAGAAUUUGACUUUUUAAAAAGACUUCUACAUUGAGGUUACAAUUUUUGUUAUAAAUGUAGUAAACAAUUGAUUAGAUAUUAAAUUUUUUAAAUAAUUAUUAAACCCAAAAAGACAAACUCAGUUGAAAACACACUUUGUGAAAUGGAUAGGAGUUUAAUUGUUCAUGAAUCUAAGGAUGAAUUUUACUGCAAGAAUGAAUCCGGACUAAGAAUCAAUGUUUUUCUUUCAUUUUUUUAUAGUGCUAUAUGCGGAGAGGGCUUUUCAAAUAAAUAAGUAGAAGCUAUAGGAAUGUCCAGUGCAACUCUAUGUGACUUCUGAGAUGUGUUUUAAACUGCAUGGCAAUCUAUCAUCAAAAAUGCUCUGUCAGCCAACUACUUAAGCCCUCUUUGCAUUUGACUGGAAAAAAUGAAGAGAAAACAAUCAGACUUGCAACAGGGUUUGCUACCCGUCACGGCAUAUCCACUGUCUCACCACCAGCCCCUCUGUAUCAGACUGUCGGUGUGGGCUAGGCGUUCAAAGCUCCACAGAGCACCAGAGUGUGAUGUGGGCUGUGGCUUCUCCUGUUGCAUGGAAGGAGCUGCCUGAGUGCUGGUAGGACAGAAUUCAUACAAGACCUCCUGCCUACACAGAGCACGAUGCUUUUGUAAAGCAAAGAGGUGCAAAUUGCUCAGUCUAAAAGACUACUCAGAGAGAAGUCUGGGGCCAGAAAAGAUUGAGUAGGGGCUCAGCACUCAUCUGAGCGGACUCUGCAGAAUCUCAGUGUAAUCCCUGCCAUUCACCAGUGCCCCUCACACGCAGCCCUCAGCUCACUCUCGCUCCUGUGCUCUGUGGCCUGCAGGAAUCAGGGUCCCGUGGUCCUUGCAGGCAUCCAGGCCUGCCGAGGCCAUCACUGUGAACAGCACCAAGCUGCAGACCUGACUGAGCAGUUUCUAAUCCAUUGUACCUGCAGUUGAGGAGACCCGCUCCAGUCCUGUAAGCCCCUCAUUACCUGGACUCAUGGUCGUGGGCCCGUAGAUCUCUGCCUUUGAAAUGCCACUGGCCAUCUCUGUGGGUCCCCACUGCUAACCUCAUUAUGCACCUGCUCUUUGCAGCCCAGCCGGUCCUCAUUAGCCUCUGAAGCAGCACUGGCAGGCCCUUGUUAAGUGGCCUUCCUGGAAAGCAGCUUCAUUGAGAGACCCUCCUCUGUGAUAGCAGGAACUUCCAGCACCCAGACCUUGCGUGCUGGGCCCUCAGUUUCUUCUGUUUAAGCCUCCUACCCACCCUGGUUUAUAAAGUUCACAAGGAUUCCUCACCAUGGCAGCUUGGUCCCACUUUCAGUGAGAUACCACACAGAGCCCUGCCCUGGCCCAUCAGCAAGGUGGGUUAGGACAUGACAAACACGGAGGCAGGUGUGGCAGGAAAUGGAACACGGGGCAGGAAGUGAAAGGCAAGGAUGGCACUUUUCCCUCAGGAAGCAGCUGAAACCUCAAAGCCCAGCCAUCCUGUGGGGGAUAACUAACUAGCAGUGGAGAGGAUGGAGGUAAGGUGGACCUCCUGUGCUUGCACAAAGUGAUCCCAACGUGCACAGUUACAUGGAGAUGGAAACACAUGGCUCCCAUUAUGCAGGCAAUCACUGCAGCCACAGAUGGAAGCCCAGGUAGAUGAGAGCUACAGACAUGGUAAGUGGAGGUUCCCAGAGCACAUGAGGAGACCGAGAUGGAGACAUACACACCUAUCCAUCACUCGUUCCCCGUCCAUUUGGCGCCACUGUGGCCAGAAAUGAAAAUAACAAGAAUAGCACAGGACCCUGAUUCAAGAUACUCAACAGCUCCUUGAGAAAAAACAGCUCUAAAAACAGCACAAAGUGAAGGCAGGAAAGUGAUUUGUGCCUGUUCCCGCCUGUGCAGGUCUCUCAGCAUCUACUUCUGUGUAUCGUCUUGAGGAGCAGGCAAAUCAGCCUUUGCAGCCUCUACUUGCCCUUAUUUGACCCCCUGCUUUGUACACAUCACUAGCUCUACGCCCAUAGUGAACCCAAGCUAGGUGAGACUCCUGACCAAGACCCCCACCUCCUUUCCACUUCCCACCAUGCAGCUCCAGGCACUCGCCACAGCCAGAGACAGCAGAGAAGACAAGGCCUGCAGUGCGCCUCUCUGCCCUGCUGAGCACCUGCAGAGCCCUCAGUAGGUGGGGAACAGGUGCAGUGAGGCCCUGGGUGGGGGAGGGGCUGUCCCAGAGGGGAUACUCAGAGCAAGCUGUGCCCUGCACAUGUCACGGGGUUCCUGAGGCUCAAGGGAAGUACUUUGUUAGCAUGGCAAUGUUGGUCAGUAAACAUUUUAGGGGGCCUAAGAGACAAGGUGGGGUGUCCAAAAUAGCAUACUUUGCCAGUUAUAAUUAGAAAAACAACAGAUUUUAACUUACAAUACAUUUAUAGUCAUUUGUUAGGUCUCAGGUGCAAAGCAAUUCCACAGAGCAUGAGGACAUUUUAAGGUUACACUGUGCACGUUCUCGCUGACACAUCUGACAGCAGACAGCAUUCCUGGCUGCCACAGUCUACAGCCCAACGAUAUCAGGAAAGAAAACAUUCUUUAAAGAUCUUCCUGUCUAAACUGGGACCUGGUUUAAAUUAAGAAUUUAUCUUUGUAGAAGUUUCUUACAAAAUCAAAACCCCUGAGGAAACACUGGCCAUGUAAAAAGAACAGGAAGACAUUUUGCAAUUCCAAAGUAACUUGCAAGUCAAAUAUCUAUAAACCUCAUAAUCACUAAACCCCAGGAAUAAUUUCUGUGUACAUAAGAUAUCCAAACUCUCACUUGGGACAGAUGCAUUCAUGGUACUGCUCACUUUCCCGCAUGAAGGUGUAAGUCUCUCUGUAUCUACUUCACAAUAAACUCUACCUAGACUUCUA